AUGACAUGCGGUGUCGUCCUAAUGACGAUCGCGCAACUAGUGGAGGACGUACGCCGCUUGCAGGCGUCGCUUUCAGCGCUGCAGGAAGCGCACGCACAACAGCUGCAAAGGCUCGAGGAGCGCUUGGACGAGAAGAAACAGCACAUCGCCCGUUUGGAGGCGCGCCUCGACACGCAGCGCGAUUACGACGACAUUAAGCGCGAGAUCAGUAUGCUCAGAUCGCUGGACCUGAGCUCGGAUCGGCCGAUGGAACGGAAACCGGAAUCAGUUCGGUCCCCGGCGGCGCCCCGCGAGGAGAGAAGCUCCGCUGAGCGCGAGAGGAGCACCGAGCGCCGAGAUGCAGGUGGCGAGGAGUGGCCCAGCACGCCGCCCCCGCUCAAUAACAACACGACGCACCACAACAACAACGGGCCGCUGCCGCUGGCGCCGCCGCCGCCGAGCCCGUUCCGCUUCGAGGAGCACCGGCCGUACCGCUUCGCCGAGGACAUGGGCCCCCUGCCGCCGGGCGCGCUGGUCGGCCGGCUGGGCGACUCCCUCAUCCCGAAGGGCGACCCGAUGGAGGCGCGGCUGCAGGAGAUGCUGCGCUACAACAUGGACAAAUACGCGAACACCAACCUCGACACGCUGCACAUCAGCCGGAGAGUGCGGGAGCUGCUGUCCGUCCACAACAUCGGGCAGCGUUUGUUCGCGAAGUACGUCCUGGGGCUGUCGCAAGGCACCGUCUCCGAGCUGCUCUCCAAACCGAAACCCUGGGACAAGCUCACUGAGAAGGGGCGCGACUCGUAUAGGAAAAUGCACGCGUGGGCGUGCGACGAGGCAGCCAUCAUGCUCCUCAAGUCUCUAAUUCCCAAAAAAGUCGGGACAAAAGAUGGCACAGUGGGACCGAACUUCGGUAGACCCGAGAGCGAAGGCGACGAGCGUCUCGCCCACAUCCUCAAUGAGGCUUCGCACAUGAUGAAAACACCAGGCCAGGUCAACAACGAUGACUCCAGGAGCAAUGAUGACUCUUGCUCGCCGCGCACCCAGUGCCCCUCCCCAUUUUCUAAUAAGGAUUCAAGUCAGAACAGACGAUUGAAGAAAUACGAAAAUGAUGACAUUCCACAAGAGAAGGUUGUGCGUAUUUAUCAAGAGGAGCUGGCCAAGAUAAUGACAAGGCGAGUCGAAGACAUGCGGCACAACCGUGAAGGUUUCCCUGGCAUGUUUCCCCCAUUUCUCAGCGCCGGCAUGCCCCCUCACAUGGAGCGGCCGCCGGAGGACAUCCGGAUGGCGCUCGAGGCUUACCACAGGGAGCUGGCCAAGAUGCAACCUGGGACCAACAUGCCCAACAUCCACAGCCUGCCCGCCAUGCCGCCCUUCCCCAACCUGCUCGCCCUGCAACAGCAGGCGAUGCAGGCGAACCAGCACAUGAACGGCUCGGGCGCGGUGCAGGACCUCUCGCUGCCCAAAGACAAGGGCGCCAAAAUCAACGGGAUAACUGAUAGCGAUAAGGACAAACCGAUGGACGCGGAGGAGGCGAUACGGCACGCGGGCAGCGCCUUCUCCCUGGUGCGGCCGAAGCUGGAGCCCGGCCAGCAGUCCACCGGCUCGUCGGCCUCCAGCCCGCUGGGGAACGCGAUCCUGCCGCCGGCGAUAACGCCCAACGAGGACUUUGGCGGCUCCGCGGCGGCGAGCCCCCUGCAACGGAUGGCGUCCAUAACCAACAGCCUCAUCUCCCAACCGUCGAACCCCCCGCACCAUCCGCCGCCGCAGAGGUCGAUGAAGGCGGUGCUCCCGCCCAUCACGCAGCAGCAGUUCGAUCUCUUCAACAAUCUGAACACGGAGGACAUCGUCCGGAGAGUGAAGGAGGCCUUAAGCCAGUACUCGAUCAGCCAAAGGCUCUUCGGUGAGUCGGUGUUAGGGCUGUCCCAAGGCUCCGUGAGCGACUUGUUGGCGAGACCGAAGCCGUGGCACAUGCUGACGCAGAAGGGCAGGGAGCCCUUCAUCCGCAUGAAAAUGUUCCUGGAGGAUGACAACGCGGUCCACAAACUGGUCGCGUCGCAGUACAAAAUUGCACCGGAGAAGCUGAUGAGGACCGGAAACUACAGCGGAGCACCUCACGCCACCUCCUUGCUGAGCAAGAUGCAACAGGAGCAACUCCUCAGUUCUGGCCACCUGGGCCACUUGGGCCAGCCCACGCCCCUCCUGUUAACGCCGCCCGGCUUCCCCCCGCACCACGCCGUCACUCUACCCCCCCAGCACCACGACAAUAACAAGGAGAGAAAACCGCCUCCCCCUCCCCAACCGCUACACCAGCCGCCGGUCAUGAGGGGAAUGCAUCAGCACAUCUCGCCGAGCGUUUACGAAAUGGCCGCCCUAACGCAGGACUUGGAUACGCAGACGAUCACGACUAAGAUCAAGGAGGCCCUGUUGGCGAACAACAUCGGCCAGAAGAUAUUCGGCGAGGCCGUGCUCGGGCUGUCGCAGGGCUCCGUCAGCGAGCUGCUGUCGAAGCCGAAGCCGUGGCACAUGCUCAGCAUCAAGGGCCGCGAGCCGUUCAUACGGAUGCAGCUGUGGCUGAGCGACGCGCAUAACAUCGACCGCCUCCAGGCGCUCAAGAACGAGAGACGCGAGGCCAACAAGAGGCGGCGGUCGAGCGGGCCCGGCCAGGACAACUCCUCCGACACCUCGUCGAAUGACACGUCCGAGUUCUACCACUCGAGCUCGCCGGGCCCGACGUCCGGGGUGCCGUCCGCCAAAAAGCAGAGGGUGCUCUUCUCCGAGGAGCAGAAGGAGGCGUUGCGGCUGGCGUUCGCCUUGGACCCGUACCCCAACAUGCCCACGAUAGAGUUCCUGGCGGCGGAGCUCGGCCUGUCCACGAGGACCAUCACCAACUGGUUCCACAACCACCGCAUGCGGCUGAAGCAGCAGGCGCCGCACGGGCUGCCCGCAGAGCCGCCCGCGCGCGACCAGGCCGCGGCGCCCUUCGACCCGGUGCAGUUCCGGCUGCUGCUCAACCAGCGGCUGCUGGAGCUGCAGAAGGAGCGGAUGGGCCUGGCGGGCGUGCCGCUGCCCUACCCGCCGUACUUCGCGGCCAACUCCAACUUCGCCGCGCUCCUCGGCCGGGGGCUGCUGCCGCCCGAGGGGCGGGCGAAGGACCCGGCCGGCGGGCUCGACCUCUCGAUGCCCCUCAAGCGGGAGCCCGACGGCGACGACUUCGAGGACGACGACGCGGAGAGCAACCUCGGCUCCGAGGACUCGCUGGACGAGGAGUCGAAGAGCGAGCCCAAGGCGGCGUCCACGCCGGCGGGCAGGUCCAGCCGGAGGAAGCCCGCGGCGCCGCAGUGGGUCAACCCCGACUGGCAGGACGAGCGGCCGCGCAACCCGGACGAGGUGAUCAUCAACGGCGUGUGCGUGAUGCGGGGCGACGACUUCCGCCGGGGCGCCGAGGAGACGGUGCGCGUGGAGCCCUCGCCGGUGGCGCGCGAGCCCUCGCCCGCCUCGCCCGCGCCCCGCGCGCCCCCCUCGCCCGCCUCGCCCGCCUCGCCCGCCCUGCUGCCGGGGGACAAGAUCAAGGCGGAGGCGGACGACGACCGCUGGGAGUAC